CGCACGUACAAGUGUAGGAUGUAGCACGACGUGGCUAGCAGCAGGCUGCUAGUGACAGUAAUUCGUCCGAAAAUACUCACAAAUCGUGAUAAAAGAUUGUUUUUAACUAAUGUCGAAGCAGUGUCCGCCUCUUUUCAACAAGUCAUUUCUGUCUGAUGUGAGGCAUCAGCAAGACAUCAAGAGCUGAAUGGAAACAUCUGAAGCCUUUUGUGUGUGAGAGGAGGUUGUGGUAGUGUACCAUGGGGUACGACGUUACGCGGUUCCAGGGUGAGGUGGAUGAAGACCUGCUGUGUCCUAUUUGUAGUGGAGUUUUAGAGGAACCAGUGCAGGCUCCACACUGUGAACAUGCCUUCUGCAACGCAUGUAUAACGCAGUGGUUCGCGCAGCAGCAGAUUUGUCCUGUUGACCGCACGGUAGUGACGCUAGCUCACCUCCGGCCUGUGCCGCGAAUCAUGCGCAACAUGCUGUCCAAACUUCAGAUCAGCUGCGACAACGCAGGCUUCGGCUGCAUAGCUACCCUGAGGUUGGACCAGCUCCAGUCACAUCUCAAGGACUGUGAGCACAAUCCCAAAAGGCCCGUUACCUGUGAGGAGGGAUGUGGGCUCGAAAUGCCCAAAGAUGAACUUCCCAACCAUAACUGCAUCAAACAUUUGCGGAGCGUCGUCCAACAGCAACAGACUAAGAUUUCAGACCUGGAGAAAACAGUGGCAGAACAUAAGCACCAGUUGGGGGAACAAAAACGAGACAUUCAGCUGCUAAAAGCCUACAUGAGAGCAAUCCGCAGUGCAAACCCCAACCUGCAAAACCUUGAGGAGAGUAUCGAGUACAAUGAGAUCUUGGAAUGGGUGAACUCCAUGCAGCCGGCCAGAGUGACCCGCUGGGGCGGCAUGAUCUCCACCCCCGACGCUGUGCUGCAGGCAGUCAUCAAACGCUCCCUCAUCGACAGCGGCUGUCCCCUGUCCAUCGUCAACGACCUGAUCGAGAACGCCCACGAGCGCAAUUGGCCGCAAGGACUGGCCACUCUCGAGACGCGGCAGAUGAACAGGCGCUACUACGAGAACUAUGUUGCCAAGCGAAUUCCUGGCAAGCAGGCGGUGGUAGUGAUGGCCUGUGAGAACCAGCAUAUGGGGGAGGAUAUGAUCUUGGAGCCCGGCCUAGUUAUGAUCUUUGCCCAUGGAGUGGAAGAGAUCUUAUAACUGUACAGAUUGCUGAAUUGAUCCAGAGACAAGUGGGGAAAUGUUGCUCUUUCAUUCUGUGGAGCAGAAGAGGGUUGUUUCUUGUUUUUUCUCUUUUAAGUGAAACCUGGAAAAAACAUCUGGCUUCUCUGAAAACACAUCUUAGGCUAACUCCUAAGCUUAAUACCUAUGCCUUAAAGUAAGGACAAAUACUUUAUGAUUCUGUCAAAUAUAAACAUAAUCUGACUGAUAUCUAAGAUUAAAGAUGAGAUGUGAUGUUUACAAUGUUUAUAAUUAGUGCAUUAUACGAUCUGAUUGUUCUGCUCAUAAUAUAGUUAUAAGCUUGAACCCCUUUCCCAUUUAAUGCCCUCUGUAUAAAUACAUGUAAAUACAAAUACUAUAUUGAAUUACAAAUGUUAUAUUCAUCACUGUAAUUAGAUUGUGAUUUCUUUCCAUUUUUUUUUUUUAAACUUCAGUUUUGUUUAGUGAGCCUGUGUUUCUGUCUACCGGAGGGAAGUGGACAGGAUUUGUGUGUGCUUGCUUUGGUAGUCAGUUUCCUGUGAAUUUUUCACACAACAUUGUGCUUCUCAGCUUAGAUUGUUCAGACCUUCUGUGCCAUUUGUAUUAUUUAUUGUGUUGCCUUUUAAGCAAAGAAAAAAAAAAAACAACAAAAAAAUUGCUCAAAGAUGUUACUAUUUGUUGUGUGAAAAUUUUGCCUUUUUGAAUUCGUUCAACGUUCACUACAGAAACUGGGUGAGAUUUUUUUGUUUUCUGUUUCCGUUGUUGCCUUUGUUGUGCAAAUAGUCUGUUAAGUGCAGUCUGUGUUGAAUUCUGGGUUAUAACUUUUGGGUUCUCACCAAGUAUGGCUUUAAUUUCACAAAUCAAAAUAGUUAUUAUGAUGUUAGGUUAUCCAUGUGUCAUUUAAAAAAAUAUUUAAAUAUAGACUUUGAUCUUCUACACUGUUGACAAAAAUAUUCCCAGAUACAUACCACAAUUAAACAUACGCCUGGAGGUUGUACAAAACUUUUUCAAAUCACUUCACACUUGAGUGGAACAUACUUUACUAUUAUUCAUUUAAUACCAUAGUAAUAUAAAAGGAAAAAAGUUCAGGUGAUGACUUAGACACCCCACUCAUGUAGAUUUUUCCCUUUGCUAUUUUCCUUGUUAUUGUUCUUAUUUGUUUUGUGUCUGUUAUGUACUGUGUUGUACAGACAAGAAGGUAAUAAAAUGUCGAACUGAAA